UGUUUUGCCUGCCAUGGGCUCUUUAAACGCAAAUCUAUGUGGAGGCAUGUGGCAAGGUGCACACUAGCACAAAAUGUUCGUAAGGAGAUGCCUGGUAAAACCAGAAUACAGGCACUCUGUGCUAGUGCUCAACCGGUUGCUAAAGGAGUCAGCGAGAAGGUCUGGAAACUUGUGAGUAACAUGGCUCAAGAUGAUGUAGCCCAUGCAGUAAAAGAAGACAGAUACAUCUUGGCAUUGGGUGAAAAAAUGUACAACAAGAAAGGGGAGAACCCCUCACAACACCAGCACGUUCGUCAAACUUUGCGAGAACUAGGGAGACUCGUGAUUAAAGGUAGAAAGGUGACACCACUGAAAAAGAUGAAGGAUUAUAUUAACCCACAACACUUCCACCACAUCAUAAAAGCUGUCAAAGAAGUGACUGGCUUUGAUGAAAAGACAAACAAAUUUGAAAAAGCAACCUUGGCCACAAAGCUUGGGCAAAGCAUCCAGAAAAUUGCAGACGUCAUGGAGGGGGAAGCUCUUAUUACCCAGAAUGAAGAAAAGUUGAAGCUAGUCCGAGACUUCCAAGGCAUCUACCAUCUUCGCUGGAAUGAAAUUAUCUCUUCUGCUACAUAUCGUACACUUGAACAGAGGAAAUGGAACGCACUGCAGCUUAUUCCAUUAGCAGAUGAUGUUAAAAAAAUGCACAUGUACUUAGAUGAAAAGCAGAAACAAUACUACAACCAACUGUGCGAUGAGAAAACCUCAAGAAAAUGGAGCAAUCUAGCAAAAGUGAUACUGGCUCAGAUGAUUAUCUUCAACAGGAAAAGAGAGGGAGAGGUGUCAAAGAUGUCUGUGGCAACAUUUCACUCCAGGGACAAAUCCCCACUUAACAAAGAUGUUGCAGUGGCGCUAACAGAGGUUGAGAGACUGCUCUGUGCUCAUUUUGAACGCAUCGAAACCUGUGGGAAGCGUAGCAGGAAGGUGCAUGUAAUCCUCACUCCAGUGAUGGUGGAAUCUUUAGAGCUGCUUAUCAAAGAGCGGUGCUCAUGUGGAGUGAGCGAAGGUAAUAUCUACUUAUUUGCCAGGCCAGGAUAUGAUACACAUUUUCGAGGGAAUGACUGCAUCCGCGUCUAUGCCAAACAAUGUGGUGCCAAGUUACCUGAAGCAUUGUCAUCAACUAAACUACGGAAACAGGUUGCCACCCUCUCCAGAGUGUUAAAUCUCAAUGAUACAGAACAGGACCAGUUUGCUGACUUCUUGGGUCACGACAUUCGGAUUCAUCGAAAGUUCUACCGUCUUCCAGAGGGAACGCUUCAGUUGGCAAAAAUAAGUAAAAUACUGAUGGCGUGUGAACAGGGCAGAUUGGCAGAGUUCAAGGGGAAAACUCUGGAUCAAAUAACCAUCAGCCCCAGUGGUAAGUUUACCCCCAGUGUUUAGUUUAAUGGCAAAAUGUUUACACUUUGAUUUGUUUUGCGCAGAUUUAGCUUGCUUCAAUUUACCAUUCUUCUUUUGGCUGUCUUUUACAAACUGUUAUGUCUGAAGAAAUGGAUGCUGCAGCCACUGAUUGUGCAUCAGAGAGUGACUCUGAGAGAGAGGAGUCGUCUGAAAAAUCCUAUGAAGGAAAUCUGACAGGAGAGAUGUCAGCAAUUCGGGCCAAACAGCCAAUGACCAAGGGAAAGCUGGGACAAAAGAGAGGCUCACACGGUGCCAAAGGAACAAAAAGGUAUUGGUCGACAAUAGAGGUGGAUGCAGUUGAAGAUUCCUUGAUGAAUUUUAUCAGAAUGGGAAAAACGCCUGGAAAACAAGACUGUGAGAAAUGCAUUGCUGCUUCUCCCCAAGCACUA